AUGGCGGCGGUGGUGUUGCCUGUGUUUGCCCCUCCCCGUGUGCGGCACCUCCUAGGAGAUCUAUCUUUGGCCGACGACAGACUUUUUGAUCGGGUUCUGGUCGAUACGGAGUGCUCUCACGAUGGUUCGCUUGCCCACAUCCCCCUUGGCGACGAUGCGCGGGCACUCGAAGCGGACCGUAGCGGAGUGAACAAUGCGCAUCGCAUGCAGCGUAUGAAUUUGUCUGAGGUGAAGACUUUAGCAUCCUGUCGCCAGAGCGAAGGCCUUAUAUCUGGGGGAGAUUUUUCGCCACCUGAUUUGUUGCCAGUUGUGGAUGACGAUGCAUGCGGUGGUGAAGACAGCUUAGAUCCAUUACAACAACUCCAGCUGAGACUUUUGCUCAAUGGAUAUGAUCAGCUCAAGGUUGGGGGAACACUUGUUUAUUCUACUUGUUCCUUUUCAUAUAACCAGAACGAGUUUAUUAUUCGAAAAUUCCUCCAAAUAGUAAACGCACAUCACAUUAGAUCCGACCAAGAAUCAAAAGUGGAUGUUGUACAAACGCAGCCAAAGGUAAUAGAGCAGUCCAUAGCUGUAGUCGUUCCUGCAUUUAGUUACGCCCAUGAGGAAAAAACUUUUAGUGAUAGUAGUAAAUGUACUUUUAAGGAACGCACAACAGAGGAGGUAAGGAGGCGUCAGUUGGCUCCGUGUAUGAAGUUCAGUAGCAAUAUAGAAACAUAUUCUGACACUGCUUCAUGUAGCGACGUUGUUUGCAAGGAUGUAAACGAUAAAGGCGAUCUCCAGCCGCUUUAUCAACUGCAGAAACGUCUGGAUGGAUGUAAUGACGCCUAUGGCUUGGUAUCACGAUGUACACCGGCAGGAGAGCGAAUACUUGGCUCCCAUUUGUUGAUGCCACACGAACUGUGUCAUUGUGUGCGAGAAGCAGAAGCUACAACAGAGCCUUCUUCAUCCGUUUCCUGUUCGAAUUAUUCUCUAGGCUCGCGAUUUUGGCCACAUGAAUUCCAGACAAGCUUUCAGUUUGUGGCAAAAAUCUGGAAAAAACAUUGUAAUGAGAACAGGCCCCGAAGUUUGCACACUGAUCGUUUCUGUUAG